AAAUAAAUAAAAAUAAAACAGAAAAUGAAAAUGAAAAUCCGUGCAACCUCGUGAAAUCGCAAAACAGAAAAACGAAAAUUGUUCCAAAAACUAUUACUGCAUCUUCCAUGGCCGAGCAGCACCACAACAACUUGGAAGCUGUUCCACUGGAACGAAAUGAAAAAGCUGAAGAGGAAGAAGAGUUGCAGUCACGAGUCACUAACUCACCGCAUGCCACCGAGUUACGCAUUUCCAGUCCUCACGAUGAAGCGCAACCCAAUUUAGAAACCCUAGUCGUUCCCUCUUCGCUUCCGCACGAUCACCCUCCUCAUGUGCAGAGAAGCUUCAUCACUCAUAAGGGUAACGAAGCCGAAAGUAAGGAGUCAAUUGGGCCUCCCGACAAGGAAAUUAUUGUAAAAGACAUAGUUGAGGCACCUCAAACACAGACAGAAAAUCAACUUCAGGUGUCUGUGUGUACAACUCCGUGGUCUGAACUAUCACCAACUUCUGCUACUCAAUAUUCAUCGCCUGCUCCUAGUCCAACUGUACCAGAACAGAGACUGUCUCGUCCAAAGGUUAAUAGUGUACAUGUGCGGCAAGCAGACAAAAAAACUCGUGGUGGUAAAAUCUUAUCUUCUGUUUCUGUUGCAAGGGCUUCUGCAUCUGAUGGAUACAAAUGGCGCAAGUAUGGUCAGAAGCAAGUGAAGAGUCCUACAGGUUCUAGAAGCUAUUACAGGUGCACUCAUUCUGAUUGUUAUGCUAAAAAGAUUGAAUGCUGUGACCAUUCAGGUCAUGUGAAAGAUAUUGUUUAUAGAAGUCCACACAGUCAUGAUCCCCCGCAUAAGACUUAUUCCACUAGGGAAAGUAAGUUCAUGCCUUCCAAUGAACCUAGUGUAGAAAACACCGUUCCGGAGCAGCCUAUCAGAAUUCUAAAUGAUUCUGAUGCUUCACUUUCUCCUAAAGAACCUCUACAGGAAGAACCUUGCCAUGCUGAUAAGAAACGACAAAACUCAUCUAACGGUGAGAAUGGUAGUGUUAUUUUGAAGGAGGAGCAUGUUAAUGAGCCAGAGCUGAAAAGAAGAACAAAGAAAGGUGAUUUAACAUGCUUGGAUUCACCAGUAAAACCUGGAAAGAAACCAAAGUUCGUUGUACAUGCAGCAGGAGAUGUGGGGAUAUCAGGUGAUGGAUACCGAUGGCGCAAGUAUGGACAAAAAAUGGUGAAGGGGAAUCCUCAUCCCAGAAACUACUACAGAUGCACUUCUGCUGGAUGUGCAGUCCGAAAGCACAUUGAGACUGCUGUGGAUAACUCAAAUACUGUCAUCAUAACAUACAAGGGAGUACAUGACCAUGACAUGCCUGUGCCCAAGAAACGACAUGGCCCGCCAAGUGCUCCGCUCAUAGCUGCUGCAGCACCUGCUUCAAUGAGCAAUUUGCAGUUUAAGAAAACAGACUCCCCGCAAAAGCGAAAAACUUCUACCCAAUGGUCGGUGGACACACAAGGAGAAUUAACUGGGGAAACCUUGGACCUUGGCGGUGAGAAAGCAAUGGAGUCAGCUCAGACUCUUCUUAGCAUAGGUUUUGAAAUUAAACCUUGCUGAAUACAUCUUUCAGAACUCAUGCAGUUUGUAUCUAUAUAAAUUAAUUGGCAGGUCUCAUGUAAUUUUAGUGGCGUCCCAUGUUUAACUUUUCUUCUCUCUUGAUAUUUUUUUCCCACCUAGUUUUAGUGGAACAGUUCAUGCAUAUUUGCUGGUACAAACGUUGAGCUUGUCUGAAGCAGUUUCCUUAAUGGAGCGAAUAUAGAAUUGAUUUGUUUC